UAAAUUUGCAGGGCAUUGUUCCUUAUAUCGUGAAGUUUGAACGCACACUGUGUAGCUGUGUGGUCACUCAACAGAAACGAUCUUUCUCUUAAAUCCCUAAUCCUUAGUAUCAUAAAUAUAUUUGAAGCUCUAAAAGUUUUCACAUUGAGACUAAAGGAAUUACUUGAUCUGCUUGAUCAAUAAUAGCUAGCAGCCUUGCAUUUUCAGGUGAAACACAAGCAGCACAAGUUUGUUUGUUGCAUUUAGUACAGGAGUAGCAAAAAUGGUGCUGCGUGAGGAUCAGAUGAACUCGCAAGGGGAGGUAGAGUCUGCUCUGCAGCAGAUGGAACAAGAAGCCAACAAGAACAAUCAUCAUCAUCCAAUUAUAUCAUCAUCGCUGGGAAGACAAACAUCUAUUUAUUCCCUCACCCUCGACGAGUUCCAGCACAGCCUCUGCGAGGCCGGCAAGAAUUUCGGCUCCAUGAACAUGGAUGAGUUCCUCAGCAGCAUCUGGAGUGCUGAAGAGAACCAACAGCAUGCCUCUUCCAAUCCUAACCAACACCACUUAAACAACAUUAACAACAACACCAUGUUACAGAGUUCCACUCACAAUCACAGAGGAGGCAGCAAUAGCAUCACCAAGCAACCGAGCCUCCCUCGCCAAAAUUCGCUCUCCAUUCCCGCACCUCUCUGCAGGAAAACAGUGGAUGAAGUUUGGUCUGAGAUUCACAGAGAACAGCAGCAGCAGAAACAGAAUCAAAACAACAACGACAACAACACUGUUCAGAACACUGACUCGGUUCCUCGCCAACCCACCUUUGGGGAGAUGACUCUGGAGGAUUUCUUGGUUAAAGCAGGGAUAGUUCGGGAACCGUGUAAUGCUAAUGCACCAGCUGCUGCAACAUCAGUGUCUCAGCAGCAGCAGCAUUACGGGGUGUACCCGAAUAACAACCCUGCAAUGGCUACUAAUUCUUUUGUUAUUGGUGCUGGAGCUGGAGGAGUAGGGAAUGUAGGGAAUGUGGUUGCGCCACCUUAUUCGGUGGCGGCUCAGGGAGGUGGUGCGGCGAUUGGGGAGGCCUCUGGGUAUGUGGCGAAUGGUGCUAAGAGGGAUAAUGGUGGAUACUCUGUGCCGCCGGCAGCAGGGGUUUGUUUUGGGGGGAGGGUGGGGGUGGUGAAUGGAGGGGCUGGUUAUGGGGUGGCGCCACCGAAUAUGGGGAUGGUUGCUCCGGUGAGUCCGGGUUCUUCUGAUGGGAUGGGAACUGAAAACUCUGGGGGUCAAUUUGGGCUUGACAUGAGUGGUUUGAGAGGAAGGAAGAGGUUGGUUGAUGGUCCUGUGGAGAAGGUUGUGGAGAGAAGGCAGAGGAGGAUGAUCAAGAAUAGAGAGUCAGCAGCCAGAUCUAGAGCCAGAAAACAGGCAUACACAGUUGAAUUAGAAGCUGAACUGAACAUCUUAAGAGAAGAGAACAACCAACUGAAACAGGCCUUGGCUGAGCUUGAGAGGAGGAGAAGGCAACAGUGUUCAGAGGAAGUGAACGUGAGAGUUCAAAGCAAAGCGCAGAAGGCAAAAGAGAAACUGAGAGCGUUGAGAAGAAACAUGAGUUGUUCUUUGUGAAGGGACCAUGUGAAAACAGUGAAAUACUUCACUGGAGCUGGCCACGAUGCCACCAUCUUCUCAUGUGGUGAAAAGAAGAAAUUCCCUGACGCCAAUCAAGAAGGGAAGAAGAGAACAGGAAAACUCAGAACAUGUCAACACCUCUUAAAAGAA